AUGCUGUCCAACGCUCUCCUCACUGCUGCUUUUGCAGCAGGUCUGACCAAUGCCCUUCCCCAGGCUUCGGGAGGAGCAUCCACCAACCCGUUCGCUGGUAGGGAAUGGUACGCCAACCCGUACUACGCUGCCGAGAUCAACGACUUGGCCUUGCCGAACAUCACUGCUGCGCUCAAGCCAGCUGCUGAGGCUGUUGCCAAGAUCGGUUCAUUCGUUUGGAUGGACACGCGAGCAAAGAUUCCCCUCCUCGAGACCUACCUCGCCGAUAUCAAGACCAAGAACGCUGCUGGAGCCAAGCUCAUGGCCACAUUUGUGGUGUACGAUCUACCCGAUCGCGACUGCGCUGCGUUGGCAUCCAACGGCGAGCUGUCGCUCGACAAGGAUGGCGAGAACAUCUACAAGACUGAGUACAUUGACAAGAUCGCCUCCAUCAUCAAGAAGUACCCCGAUGUCAAGGUCAACUUGGCCAUUGAGCCCGACUCUCUCGCAAACAUGAUUACCAACAUGGGAGUUGCCAAGUGCGCAAAGGCCGCACCCUACUACGAGUCGCUGACCGUCUACGCCUUGAAGACGCUCAACUUGGAUAACGUCGACAUGUACCUCGACGGUGGCCACGGUGGCUGGCUCGGUUGGGACGCCAACAUUGGCCCCGCUGCCAAGUUCUACGCAAAGGUGUACAAGGCUGCUGGCUCUCCCCGUGCUGUCCGUGGUAUCGUCACCAACGUGUCCAACUACAACGCCUACCGUAUCUCUACCUGCAACAGCAUCACCCAGGGCAACAAGAACUGCGACGAGGAGCGCUACAUCAACUCUUUCGCCCCAUUGCUCGAGGCUGAGGGUUUCCCCGCCCACUUCCUUGUUGACGUUGGUCGCAACGGCAAGCAGCCUACCGAGCAGCAGGCGUGGGGUGACUGGUGCAACGUCCGAGGUGCUGGCUUUGGUGCUCGCCCAACUACUGAGACUGGAAACUCCCUCGUUGACGCGCUGGUCUGGGUCAAGCCCGGUGGCGAGUCCGACGGUACAUCCGACCAGUCUGCUUCCCGUUACGAUGGCUUCUGCGGAAAGGAGUCUGCAUUUAAGCCUGCUCCCGAGGCCGGUACUUGGUUCCAGGCAUACUUCGAGAUGCUGCUGAAGAACGCCAACCCUCCCCUUGCUUAGAUGUAGGCGGGACUGUUAAUGGACAGCAAGAGGUCACCUAAAUGACCAGCUCUGCUAUCCAAGUAGCUCACUUCUGAAACCAUUCGAUCUUCCCUGUACAUAUCUUAGACUUAGAACGAAUGGCAUGAUACUGUGCAUACAU